AUGAAAUACAGCGACGCUCAUGAAUGGGCCAAGGCAUGUGAAUCGGAAAAGGAGUCACUAAACAAGAACAAGACGUGGGAUCUAGUGCCGCUUCCAGAAGGACGCAAAGCGAUCGGGAACAGAUGGGUCUUUUGGGUUAAAGAAAAUCAAGACGGAGAGGAUGAACGCUACAAAGCGCGUCUGGUGGUCAAAGGAUUUGCACAUAAGUACGGCAUUGGUUACGAGGAAACUUUUGCGCCAGUUGCAAAAUUUGCCUCAAGCAAAGUAUUGCUUAGCCUCAGUGCCAUAUAUGAUCUCACGGUUCAUCUGAUGAAUGUGAAGAUGGCUUUUCUAAAUGGACUUCUUGAAGAAGACAUCUUCCUGGUGCAGCCCGAUGGUUAUGUUGACAUAAGUCAUCCCAAUGAUGUGUGCAAGUUGAAAAAGUCGUUGUAUGGGAUCAAGCAGUCGCCAACAAUGGUGAAUCAGAUGAUUGAUGAUUUUAUGCUGCAACUGGAUUUGAAGAAGUGUGAAACGGGUCAUUGUGUGUUCACAAAGCGUACGGUUCUAGAAAUGAUUUUUGUUGCUCUUUACGUUAACUUUCAAGCAAGCAGUAGGCACGGGCUUCAAGGCUAUUCUGAUGCGGACUGGGCUGGCGAUAUCGAAUCAAGACGAAGCACAAGUGGAUACGCAUUCAUGAUGAGCGGUGGUGUUAUCAGCUGGCGAAGCAAGAAACAGCGCACGGUGACUUUUUCAUCUAUUGAAGCCGAAUACAUAGCGCUCUUAAAAGCAACGCAAGAAGCGAAUUUGCUCAAGACGUUUCUUUGGAACGCAAUGUACUGGAAACAAGCGAUGCAGUCAAAUUUUUGA